UCCGCAGACCGGGACGCGGGCAAAACGAAAUCGGACGCCGAGGCCGCCGGGACCUUCCAGAAGCUUUAUCUCGGUCGCCCUUCCACGCGAGGAGGGGGGGGCGCAUCACGUGACGAGAACGAGGCCCAGGCGCGAUGGCUGGUCACGUGACGGCAAGGGGUCACGUGGUCCCGCGUGAGGCCGUCACGUGGGCGGGAGGCGGAGCGGCGGCGGUCGGGUCACGUGGUGCGGCGGCGCCACCAGCCCCCUCCCCCCCGUGAGAGGGGAGGGAGGGCAAAGAUGGCGGCGGUGAGUUAGAAAGCGGCGGACGGCGGGCCAGCGCGGGGACUUCCAGCGGCGGCCGCGGGACAUCGGCAGAGAAAAUGGUGGAGCCAGGACAAGAUCUGUUGCUUGCUGCUUUGAGUGAGAGUGGAAUCAGUCCAAAUGAUCUCUUUGAUAUUGACUCUGCAGAUAUGGGUCUUGCAACCAUAGCACCAACUCCAGCUGUUCAGCAGUCAGUGCCACUUAGUGCAUUAGACCUAGGCUUGGAGACUGAGGCAACAGCUGCUGUUAAACAAGAACCAGAGGCUGUAUCUACUCCAGCAGUACUAAAUGUCAGGCAACCUCCAUCAACUACAACCUUUGUGCUGAAUCAAAUAAAUCAGCUUCCAACUUUGGGGACUACAAUAGUAAUGACAAAAACCACACCUGUCACAACUACCAGACAGACUAUCACUGUAGCGAAAAUCAUACAGACCAGCACAACUACUCGACCAUCGGUUGCAGCACCAGCAGUACGCAGUGCCUUGACCCCUACUCCUUCAAAGGACCAGAUCCAGCUGAAAGAUCUGCUCAAAAACAAUAGUCUUAAUGAACUAAUGAAACUGAAGCCACCUCCUAACAUAGCCCAGCCAGUUGCAACAGCAGCAAAAAUAAUUGUAGUGUCUCCAAAGGUGGUAAAUGCCACCAAACCAGCUGAUGUAAGCAAUGGUGCUGUAAAGAAGGAGGCUUCUACAAAAGAAGUAGCAAGAAUAUGGAUAAAUGAUAUGAAAAUGCGAAGCUUUUCACCUACUAUGAAAGUGCCAUCUGUAAAAGAGGAAGAAGAACCUGAGGAGGAAGAUGAAGAAGAAAUGGGUCAUGCAGAAACAUAUGCAGAAUAUAUGCCAAUAAAACUAAAAAUUGGACUGCGUCAUCCUGAUCCAGUAGUAGAAACCAGCUCGUUAUCAAGUGUAACGCCUCCAGAGGUGUGGUAUCAGACCUCAAUAUCUGAAGAAACUAUUGAUAAUGGUUGGUUGUCAGCAUUACAACUUGAAGCAGUUACUUAUGCAGCCCAGCAACAUGAGACAUUCCUGCCCAAUGGAGACAGAGCUGGAUUCUUGAUAGGUGAUGGUGCUGGUGUAGGAAAAGGAAGGACCAUAGCUGGAAUAAUCUACGAAAAUUAUUUAUUGGGUAGAAAAAGGGCAGUAUGGUUUAGUGUGUCAAAUGAUCUGAAAUAUGAUGCUGAAAGAGAUUUGAGAGACAUUGGAGCAAAAAAUAUUUUGGUUCAUUCAUUAAACAAGUUUAAAUAUGGAAAAAUUUCUUCCAAACACAAUGGAAGUGUGAAGAAAGGUGUCAUUUUUGCCACUUACUCUUCUCUUAUUGGUGAAAGUCAAUCUGGUGGUAAAUAUAAAACCAGGUUAAAGCAGCUUCUUCACUGGUGCGGUGAAGACUUUGAUGGAGUUAUAAUAUUUGAUGAGUGUCACAAAGCAAAGAAUCUGUGUCCGGUUGGUUCUUCAAAACCAACAAAAACAGGUCUGGCUGUAUUGGAGCUUCAGAAUAAACUUCCCAAGGCUAGAGUUGUUUAUGCUAGUGCUACAGGUGCAUCUGAGCCACGAAAUAUGGCAUAUAUGAACCGCCUUGGAAUAUGGGGUGAAGGAACCCCGUUUAGGGAAUUCAGUGACUUCAUUCAGGCUGUUGAAAGAAGAGGCGUCGGUGCCAUGGAAAUAGUUGCUAUGGACAUGAAACUGAGAGGAAUGUACAUAGCAAGACAGUUGAGUUUUUCAGGUGUGACCUUCAAAAUCGAUGAAGUUUUACUUUCACAGGACUACGUUAAAAUGUAUAAUAAAUCUGUGAAACUGUGGGUAAGCGCCAGAGAGAAAUUUCAACUAGCAGCUGAUCUUAUUGAUGCGGAGCAGCGAAUGAAGAAGUCUAUGUGGGGUCAGUUUUGGUCAGCUCACCAGAGGUUUUUCAAGUAUCUCUGCAUAGCAUCCAAAGUUAAAAGAGUAGUCCAGCUUGCUCGAGAGGAAAUCAAGAAUGGAAAGUGUGUUGUUAUUGGACUGCAGUCCACAGGAGAAGCAAGAACCUUAGAAGCCUUAGAAGAAGGUGGCGGAGAACUAAAUGAUUUUGUUUCCACAGCAAAAGGAGUAUUCCAGUCUCUUAUUGAGAAGCACUUUCCAGCUCCUGACAGGAAAAAACUUUUUAGCUUGUUGGGGAUUGAUUUGACUGCUCAGAGUAACAACAAUUCACCCAGGGACAGUCCUUGUAAGGAGAACAAAAUGAAGAAACGGAAAGGUGAAGAAAUAACCAGAGAAGCCAAGAAAGCUCGUAAAACAGGUGGUCUGGCUGGGAGCAGUUCUGACGAAAGUGAGAGCGAAUCUGAUGCCUUGGACAACGAAGAGAGUGACAAUGAGAGUUCUAAAUUUUUGAGUUCUGGAGAUGAUGAUGACUUUAACCCAUUUAGAGAUGAAUCCAGUGAAGAUGAUGAAGAUGAUCCCUGGUUAAUUAGAAAAGACCACAAGAAAAAUAAAGAAAAGAAAAAGAAGAAAAGUAUAGACCCUGAUUCUAUUCAAAGUGCCUUAUUAGCUUCUGGUCUUGGAUCAAAGCGUCCUAGCUCUUUUUCUUCCACUGCUAGUACCACUACUUCUACUACUAAUACAUCAGCUAACAGUAAUACCAACAACAGCUUUGUAACAAGCCAAGAUGCUGUUGAAAGAGCCCAACAGAUGAAAAAAGAAUUGCUUGACAAACUGGAAAAACUAGCAGAAGAUCUCCCACCUAAUACAUUGGAUGAACUUAUAGAUGAACUUGGUGGUCCUGAGAAUGUGGCAGAGAUGACAGGCCGCAAAGGGAGAGUUGUAAGCAAUGAUGAUGGCAGCAUAUCUUAUGAGUCAAGAUCUGAGCUUGAUGUGCCUGUUGAAAUUCUAAACAUCACCGAAAAGCAGAGAUUCAUGGAUGGAGAUAAGAACAUUGCCAUCAUCUCUGAAGCUGCCAGCUCAGGUAUCUCUUUACAAGCAGACCGGAGAGCUAAGAAUCAGAGGCGGAGGGUGCACAUGACUUUGGAGUUGCCAUGGAGUGCAGAUAGAGCAAUACAGCAAUUUGGAAGAACCCAUAGGUCAAAUCAAGUUACUGCUCCAGAGUAUGUGUUCCUCAUUUCUGAAUUGGCAGGAGAACAGAGAUUUGCAUCUAUUGUUGCAAAAAGAUUGGAGAGUUUGGGGGCUCUCACUCAUGGAGACAGAAGGGCUACAGAAACUCGAGACCUUAGCAGGUUCAACUUCGAUAACAAGUAUGGCAGAAAUGCUUUGGAAAUUGUUAUGAAAUCCAUUGUGAAUUUAGAUUCCCCAAUGGUGUCCCCGCCUGCUGACUAUCCAGGAGACUUCUUUAAGGAUGUCCGACAAGGAUUAAUAGGUGUGGGCCUGAUAAAUGUAGAAGACAGAUCUGGAAUUCUAACACUUGACAAAGAUUAUAACAAUAUAGGAAAAUUCCUGAAUAGAAUUUUGGGUAUGGAGGUGCAUCAGCAGAAUGCCUUAUUCCAGUAUUUCUCUGAUACGCUAAACGCAGUUAUACAAAAUGCUAAAAAGAAUGGAAGAUAUGACAUGGGGAUUUUAGAUCUGGGUUCUGGGGAUGAGAAAGUGAGGAAGACGGAUGUUAAGAAAUUUUUAACUCCAGGAUAUUCUACCUCUGGACAUGUCGAAUUAUACACAAUCAGUGUAGAGAGAGGAAUGUCCUGGGAAGAAGGAACUAAGUUUUGGGCAGAGCAGACUGGACCAGAUGAUGGAUUUUAUUUAUCAUUACAGAUAAGAAAUAACAAGAAAACUGCCAUCCUGGUAAAAGAAGUGAAUCCCAAAAAGAAGCUUUUCUUGGUAUACAGACCAAAUACUGGGAAACAACUCAAACUGGAAACUUACGCAGACCUGAAAAAGAAAUAUAAGAAGGUACCUUCUGAAGAUGCUCUGCCACACUGGCUAGAGCAGUACAAUUCUUCUGCGGAUACCUGUACUCAUGCUUAUUGGAGAGGCAACUGUAAGAAAGCAGGCCUGGGAUUAGUUUGUGAAGUUGGCCUCCGGUGUCGAACAUACUAUGUCCUGUGUGGUUCAGUACUAAGUGUCUGGACAAAAGUAGAAGGAGUUUUAGCCUCUGUGAGUGGUACAAAUGUGAAAAUGCAGAUAGUUCGGCUAAGAACAGAAGAUGGACAGAGGAUUGUAGGUUUGAUCAUUCCUGCAAAUUGCGUAUCGCCCCUUGUAAACCUCCUGUCGACGUCAGACCAGUCUCAGCAGCUUGCAGUACAACAGCAGCAGAUAUGGCAGCAGCAUCACCCACAGAGCAUCACCAAUUUCAACAACGCCUGAGAGGACAAGCGCCAGGUGUUGACUUUGGUGUGUGAGCAAAGGCUGUAAAAGCAUAUCACUUGCAUAAAAAUCAGGGACAGAUUCCAAAGAAAUAUAACUUUAUUCAGUUCAGUUGUGUGCUCUCAGAAACACUUUGGGAAUAGAAAUACACAAAGGAUGGUAGAACUGCAAGCCAGCAGUUGCUUAUGGUGGUGCAUCUGUCUUAUGCUCUCUGUAGUGCUUCCUGUCUGCUUUUACUUUUGGCCUUUUAUGCUACAGACCACAAUUUGUUUGAAAAUGCUUGAAAAUCCCCCCAACAGGCUUUAUUUGAUCUUGUCAUACAGUGCUCAGGGUUUAACGCAGUACAUCAAUGCCAUUGCUGUGGGAGAUAUCCUUGAAUGCAUGUAUUGAGUAUAUAUAUAGAAAAUAUAUAUUGAGUUUUUUCUCUUCAACUUGUAAGUUUAUAAAAGCAUGAAACCUAGCGGUUGCACAUCAUGCAUUCAGGUUCUUUCCCAGUUUCUGUUUGACAGUGCAUGUCUUUGGAAACGGGCAUGAACAGGAUAAACACACAAGACAAGAAUUCAGAGAGAAACACAAUCUUAGUUGUACAGCAUUGAUUAUUGCAUUUUUAUAGUGUUUAUACCCAGGUAUUGCAUUUUUUCUGGUUCUCUCCUGGAGGUUAUAUAUUUGAGUCUGCAAUGUUCUUUUUGUGAUAAACAUCUUAAAUUAAAAAGUUAGUUAAUUUUUUAAUGUAUUAAUGGUAUUCCUAAUGUGUGCUGCAAAGAUGGCUAAAAGCCUAUUUUCCUUUAAAGUUAAAUAUUUCCUUAAUCUGAGGUGGUUAUGAAAACUAAGUGCAAAUUCACUUCCAUCUCGCAUACAAUCUUAUAUUUUUUACUUCAUUAAUGUAAUUUAAUUUGUCACUUGUAAGAUGAAACCGUACUUGAGCUGUAAAUUAGACAAUGGGAAACACUUGAGGGUUUCGCUGUAUGUGCUGUUUCUGUUACCCGGUAACUUGAAUACUGUUUCAUAUGUUGUAAGACAUUGUAGAGUUUAUCUGGAGCUGUUUAAAAGAAAUUGUAAUGUACAAAUGUGAAUAGUUACUUAUCUAUAAUAUGGAUAAGUUUUGUUUUGCCUAUAAUAGUAGAUGUUUAUAAGAAAGUGAAGGACAAUGUUUGUCAUUUCUUGCUUGCACAGGUUGCACUAUUGAAAAUUGAGAUUGUAUAAACCUGUCCAAAAAACCCCUACAAGAUAACCGUCUUGUAGAUGUCAAAUAAAAGUUAUUGUACUAACAAGAAGUGGAGUUUUGUUUAGGCAAUCGCUGCAUUUCCAAAAAACUAACAAGUCUGUACAAUUGGAAUUUUAGAAGGCUCGGGAUAUUCUAAUCCAGCUGUAGGCCUUCUGUCCUAUGGUCCAAGUCUUGUCAUUUGGCUCUCGUAUUCAAUGGAGUGACAUAUAUUUUCUCCCUGGGUAAAGACUAACCACAGUUGAUAUAUUUUAAGGUUAAGGCCGAUGGCAACUGUACUGCUAUAACUCACGUGACCCAGGUAUUAGUGGGUGGAGUUUUAUUUGUAACAGUACGAAAUGGUGGGACCCUUACCUGAUACUAUCCAUGUACUGUAUCUUAAUUCUCUAGUGGGGUGGGAGGAGUCAUUUAACUUCUGUGAUAACAUCAGCAGAAGUUGAGCACAUGUACUAGAUUCAGUGGACCAUAAAGGCAGGAGAAGUGUUUGGGGGAGUGUGAAUGUAUGCCCACCAUUGCCAUGUUUUAGUGGGAUCCAGUGAAGUACUGGGAUUUUUUUAAAGUAUGUUGGCAGGUCAUGUGUGAAUUGUUACUACAGCCGGUUGGAAACUGGGUUACAAUAUACAGCAUAGAAUUCAAGCCUCAAACUUUAAAAAUCAAGUCAAGUUUAAAAAAAAAUAAAAAAUUCUUCAAUGAGAUUUGUUCUCACUAGCAAAUAAACCCUGAAAUGGUAACUUUUUGUAACUAAAAACAUUUUGAAAUUAAACAUGUUCAAAUACGCUUCAGUUCAUUCUGCUGAGGGAGAGCACCUUGCUUUCUAGCAUGUAAGCUUGUUGGACUCAGCCAAACAAGGUUGGUUUUCCAAGGCUGGAAUCUGGAUGUUGUGUAUCUGCCACUCAUUUUUUUUAAGAGGAAAACUGAUUGGGGAAAAGUCACCAAAAGCAUUUUUGUUUGGAAAUUGAUGCAAUUGUGUUUCCCAAUUAGCCUUUUCUGUUUAGGCAGGUGUUUUAGUAAUGGACAAACGAGCAAUACAUUUCCAUAUACGUUUGUCCCUUGCAAAAAAAGCUGCACCUCCUCCUACCCCCCCCCCCCCCCAAAACUGCAGAUGCAUAACAGCUAUUCCUAUGCUGCUGAUACACUUUCCAGCCCAGACCCUGCCUGUAGCCUUACAUCAUUUAGCUCCUGAUUCCAGCCUGCUAAUGCAUGUGGACCCCCAGCUCCAAAGACAAUUCCGGAGCUAUAAACAUUUUUGUCAAAGAUGUAGGUUUUGUUUUCACACUGCAUAAUUGUUCCCUAUAUAAAUAACACACCUGUCUUGGAUUUUGUGUGUGCGGGCGCCCUGAGAUGUCUUGACCCGCUGUGUCUGAUGGGGGAACCUUUGAGCUGCUCACCCAGCAAGUGCCAUGCUAUUUCUGAAGUGAAUUUGUGUUUUUAGCAUUAGAUGCUGGAAAUGCUGUAGAUAAUAAGGCAAUAAACUCUUGAAAGCCUAGAAGUACAAGUGAAAAGACAAGGGGGACAGGAAGGAGGAGAGGUGGGGAAAGAAAUCAUAACCACUCUGUUACCAUGCAUAAUCUUUUGCAGCACCUCAAGUAUUGGACUUUAGGGGAGAGAACCAGAUCACAUUGUGUAAUUGAAGGGUGAAGUCAGAACCUUGCAUUGCCCUGUUCCUCCUAAAUUGUCAUGUUUAAGUACGUGUGUGAAAUAAAAUCUGGAUACAUCUUGCAUUAAAUUAACUGUUUAGCUUCAUCCGUGUUGAUAACCAUUCCCAUACUGCAUGUGUCCCAGCUGUAGAGGUGACCAUGUGGGGAACGCUCAUGAUGUAUAUGUCCAAUCUUCUGUGGCUCAGUCAGAGGUCAGUGUUUUUUACUUGUGUGGAUUCAAGAUUUUGACUAGCUUGCUUGUUUCAGUUAUAAUAAUCUGCUAGUUGUAAUAAUCUGCUGGUCUGUGAAUAAUAAUACAAAUGCAGCCAUAACUUGCUGAAAUAACCAUCCUGUCCAGUAAGUCUUCAGAUUUUUUUUUUGUAGUGACCAUAUGAUCUAGCAGUAACACACACCUCUUAAAUAAGAUGGACUUGAAGUCCAAAAGAUGCCAGUUGUCUAGUCUUGAACUGUUUUCACGACAGAAAAGUUCUGUAACAUGUAAACAUUUUUUGCAAGUGAAUUAUCAAGGUAUUUUCUCUUUUUUUGUUGGUUUGCUUUGGGGAUAAAACUCUCCCAAUCCCAUAAUAUACUAUGUACAUAUAUAGAUAGACCAUGUAUAUAGAGAUGUUAAAGGCUACUGAGUUCAUUCAUGUAAAUAUCUCCUGUAAAUCUAGACUUGAUGGUCUUAUUCUUUGUAUCUUCCCUGCUCGCGUCCCAAGAUUUAGUCCCAUUUUCGUGACUUGCCACACAGGGCAUUUUGUGUACUUCAGAGUGAUAUAUUUAAAUCGGUUCUCAAGGGAUGUCUGCAUUGUAGAUAAUACUAUUUUCAGUCAUAUUUUUCACAAAUACCAACUGUCUGUCUUCCACAACGCUAUCAAUGUGUAUUAUGUAUUUUGUAUUCAGUUUUUUAGUGUGUACUGCAGUGUCUUGAAAGAAGCCGGUUCCUAAUACUGUCCUUAGGUGACCAGUACUAUGCACUUAUUGGAUGGAAACAAUAGUUUCAGGUUUUUAUGCUGUUUAUGUGCUGUUUCUCUUUUGUGGGGUCUCUUUAGCCUUUUCAGUGCGGUCUGUAUGCUGAGGGCUUAAAUUCCUAAAUAGGUUUUAGCCUGCAGUGAGAGAAGACCAUCUCAAGCAGAGCAUCAGGAAAUCCUACAGUCAGGACUUAUUGUUAACAGUAAUGACUAAAAGUAGAUAUGGUCCAUGUGAGCAACAGCCCUGUUCACAAUCUGAAACCUAAAGCGGGAUGAUAAAGCUAUAAUCAAACCUUUAUCUUCAAAGUGCUCUGCAAAGGUGAGGGUGGAGAACAUGUGGCUGCUGUGCAGAGAAAGCCUCGGGCUUCAUUUUAGUGUGCAGUGAAAAGGCAGCGCAAACAUCCUUAUGGGAGAAAAGCAAUCAAAUUCUUCAUCUGCAGAGCUAGUGCCAAAACAGACAGUGAAAUCUAGGUCAGAAGUGAUGGAAAAGAGCAAAUGAGAGAGCCAGGUAAUGUAGUCUGCCCUCAGUCAGCUACCAAAAAUUAGCUGCCAUCCAGUCACGGUGAAGGCACUGUUCUCCCCCAUUCAAUCUCCUGCUUGGGAAGGACUGGCUUCAUUGCACUUGCAUAAAACGUACAGCAUUGCAAGCAAGUCCACAGAACGGAGUGUCCUGGAAGGAAGCAUCCUACGGUCAACCUGGACAAAAUUAGUAUCUGGCCAUUCCAUUUUCCAAUAUAGUCUUUACUAAGAAGCUCUGAAUGUAGGAAAAUAUUUGAACUAUUUUGUCAGUGCAGUGCCAGCUACUGUGCGUAGGACUCCUUGUAACAGAAUCUCGUGGCAAAGACCAACAAAACUAGCGGGAGUGACAAAGCAACGCAACCACUGCAGAGCUAAAUGGGCCAUCCCUUGAGCCAAAACGCAAGUAAUAAAAGUAUACGGAGACUCUAGAUAUAGUGUGUAAUUGGUACCAGCCUAGCCAGUUACGAGAUACUGUGGCUAGUAGCUUCAUACUACUAUAAAAAUACGGGGAGGAGGAAAGUGCUUGAAAUGCUGAUGUCUUGCAGAAACGUGUACUGCAAGUAGUGACAGUGUCUUGGAUCUGGUGGUAUGGUAUGCAUUAAUGUCUUUUAAGGCCUGAUGGAGCUAUUACCAUUCGGUCCGACUUGCGUCAAUGCAGCUGUAAUGUUUCUAGACAAUAUGUUAGUGAUGUCAAAUUGCAUUAUAGUCCACAAAAUUCUAGGCUGUAAUUAAGGCUUCAGAGCUUAGAUUGGCCUUGUUUAUACUGCAAGUGCACGUACUCCUAAUCUGUUGAUGAAUCUUUGUUGUAUUGAGUUUAGCAGUGCAGCAGCGUUUCAGUACAUUUUGUAAUAAUACUUAAAGGACACCAGAAUAAUGUUGGGGGAGGAAACUGGUUUAUGGGGGUGAGGAUAGAAUAGAAAUAAUGGCGGUAGCUGUACUUAGAGCAGAGCUAUUGUUCUUGACCACAUCUAGUAAUAAUAGGUUGCUUAAGCAGGGGCUUAUUUCAUUUUAGCAGUAGGGGAGUUGGCUCACUGUAAAUCCCUAAUAACAUUUUUCUGUAACGUACAGUUUGUAAAUAGUCUCAUCAAUUUAUGAUCGGGGUGUUUUUAAAUUUAAGUUUCAGCUUAGAGGAAACUUAAGAGUCGGGUGACUUGGAAUUUGGCUCUUGUGUAUCUGACUUGCACUGGGAAGGAUAAAGAGGCCUUACAUCUAAUGUUGAGUUUCUGAUUUAAAAACCAAGCUGAUCUCUACUCUCUUAUUUGUGGGGAAGAACUUUAUGAAAAUGCCACAUUCAUCAGAGGCACGUGGCAGCAUUGCUGCAUGUAAAGUUAUUAAACUCAUUAGUAAUUUACUUAGAAUUCUACAAACUACUGAACUUUAUUUUCUGCAAGUGAUCACUGCCCCAGCAUCUUUCACUGAUCCUGUGGAGGGGGUAUAUGUACCCCUACAAUUAACAUUUGCCAUGAGACUCUACCUCUGAGCAAAAGAGACUUCCUUAACCAGAAUUAGAGCUUCAUGACUUUGUGUGUUCUCACUAUACAUCUUAAUAAUACGUGAUGGAUUCCAAAGACAUUUCAAAUAAAGGUGAAUUGCAUGUGUCCGUCUAUGUUGCUAAUUCUUAUUUGAAAUCUCUGCCAGCAUUAGACCUUCAUCCUCUUUUGGUGCACUAUUGCACUGCACCUCCUUGCCUUUCCCUUCUUGGUACAAAGUAUAUAUAUAAAUAUAUAAGCUCAAACCAUCUUUGAUACAUGUGGCAGAAAUUUGGGGUGUCAUGCAAUAAAAUGUUAAUGGCUGCAUUUAGCAGGAUUUAUACUCGCUGAUUAAAAAUGACAAACUGUGGAACAUUGUGAAUUCUGUAUUUAGCUGGGGUUUUUUGUAAAAAAAACAAAAACAACAAAACAAAACAAAAGAGAAAAAUAUUAAAUAAAUUAAACUGGCUACUA